CAAUUUCUUUCACAUUCCUGGUUUUGUAGAAUUUCAUUUGCUCUGUAGCAGUCUGGAGCCGUCGCAUGGCAAAUUGGGAAAUAGUGGAAUUGCACAGGAAUUCGGCCAAUUGGCCAAAAAUGUUGGGGGAAAUAGUAAGAAUAGAGAAAAAGAUCUUCCCAAAACAUGAAUCGCUUGCAAAAACAUUCGAAGAAGAGCUCAGAAAGAAGAACUGUGGCUUGCUUUACUCUGAAAUUGGAGGUGAAAUUGCGGGAUAUGUCAUGUAUUCUUGGCCCUCCUCACUCUUUGCUUCAAUUACAAAACUAGCAGUCAAAGAGAACCAUAGAAGAAGAGGCCAUGGCGAAGCAUUGCUUAACGCAGCUAUACAGAAAUGCAGGACUAGAAAUGUUCACCGCAUAUCACUUCAUGUAGAUCCCUCUAGAAGCCCAGCUAUGAGUCUUUACAAGAAACUUGGCUUUCAGGUGGAUAGUCUGAUAGACGGUUACUACUCUUCAGAUCGGAAUGCCUAUAGAAUGUACUUGGAUUUUGAUAUGGAUUAGCAAAAUGAAAUUUCAAAGUUAUUUGAGCAGCAUGGCGAAAUUGCACUGGUUAGCAAAAUCCAGUGACAAUGGAUACAAGCUUUUGGACUUGAGCAGAUCAAAACAAGCAUUGCUGCAGGGUCAACUCAGAGGAUUAUGAUCAUUGGAUUCGGUGUGUGAUGUCAUGCAUCCUUAAGUAAGUCCCUUUCGUCUGUAUUCAUUGAACAGCAUGCUCUGAUAUGCAUCAAUGCUCCAUUAUGUUUUCUAUGAAUAAUCAUAUUGGAUUGGCUGUAUGUUUAUAUGGAAUGUAUCUGUCAAUUAGUAAUAGGCCUUUAGUGCUUACACUACUACAUAUGGAGGACAUUUUUUGGGUUACAUCCUUCGAUCCGAUUGUUAGCAGAGGAUAUUUCUUGAAAAGGGUAUCAUUUUAUUACUUUUGGUGAUACAAAAUCCAUCUGUUUCCUUGAUACUC